AUGGCAGAGAUAGGAGAAAAUGGGGCAAGAGGAAGAGAAGGAAAAGAUGGAGGAGGUGGAGUGGGAGGUCAUGACCCCCAGAGCCCAGCCCACUGUCUGUCUCCUGCUCCCCCAGUCAGGGCCCACCAUGGCGGGCUCAGGAGGGGGAUCGUGAUCCAGCUAACAGGCACAGAGGGUGAGUGGGACAGUCUGGAUGACAACGAGCUCAUCUUCCCCCUGGAACACGACUAUGACGACCAGACCCCCUACAUCUCCCUCUCCAAGGAGAGACAGAACUCCACAGAGGAGGAGAACCAACAUUGCCUGUACUCCCCCCUCUCCCCCUCUUCUCCUGAGUCCCUGGGGGACUCCUCCAUCUUAGCCCCCAACUUCCUCUCCCCCAGCCCAGCCACCCCCACGCACCGGCCCCUGGCCAGCCUGGUGAAAUCCCUGUCCACGGAGCUGGAGCUCCCUCAGGGCUCAUCCCUUAGACCCCAGCCCUUCCUCAGCCUGGUCAAGUCCAUCUCUACUGAGAUCUCCCGCUCAGAGCCAAAGGUGUCCCAGUCCAAGUCUGACUCCCGCCUCAACCUCCACCUGCAGUGGAAGAACCUGACUCAGCCUAAGGGAAGGAGUAACGGAGACUCCUGUACCGCCCCACCCUCGCCAGUCGCUCUAUCCCCGUCCGAGGGGACCAAGGCGGCCUUCUUCAAGAUGGAGCUGGAGGACACGAAGCGGAAGUUCUCUGAGGCAUGCAGGAGCCUAUGUUCAGUAAGCCUAUCAGUAUGUUCAGUAAGAUCAUGGGGGAUGAGAAGGAGAAUGCAGCAGCAGUAGGCAGCCCCAAGCACCAGAGAGCUACAGGGACUCCCUCAGUCGGCUCCCCCAGCUCCAGAGGGGUCUGUGUGGGGAAGAUGGACAGCAUGGAGGUGGGUAACACAGAGUCUCCUCUGCGGAGCGCCAAGAGAGCGGACGGUGGCUCUCCGCCUGUGUUUGACCUGCCGUGUGCCAGACAUCCCAGGAAGGGUCUGCCCACUAGAACAUGUUCUGUCCUCGAUCACCACGGUAACAAACUCAACUACAAGACAGAGGAACUGGAGAUCUGCACGUACGAUGACGUCAUGCAGGUUGUGGCCCUAGAGAGUCAUCAUCAUAGUCGUCUGCGGAGAUUGCCAGGUUCUCUGAUCUCCUCAGGACCCCAUUGUGUGGUCAGUCAGCCCACCUCUCCACCACCUCCACCACACAUGGGGUUGUUCUGUGUGGCUGUGUUGUCCUAUGUCUACUUCAUCCUCCCCCUGGGCCCCUACAUGUCAGGCCUGGCUCAGGGCAUGGCGUUUGGCUUCCUGCUGGGGCUGCUGCUCAUCAGGCUGGGCACAACCAGACACACCGCUCAGCCACAUCCACACAGAGGCGUUCAGUCCCUGACUGAGGCUGUUCAGAAGGCUGAUGCCCACAGCACCAAACCAGAUGUCCUCAAGGUAAGUCGAUGUUCAACAAAAUGAAUGUCAGCAAAUGAAAUACAUAACAACAUAAAAACCUGAAGGUGAAUUCCUUUUUGUACAGUUCAUUUCUCUCAGCAUAUAAGCCCAGCUAGGUCUGAAUGGAGACUUAUAACACAUGGAGUCAGAAUAUGGCCUUGGUCUUGACAGAUGUCAACACCCAUACAAGAAUUUGCUGAAUAGAAAACCAUAUUUUGAAAUUGCACUUCUCCUCCUCCAUACUGUGGCAUGAACUUUUUCGAACAUUGUUCUUAGAACAAGUCAGCACAUCCACUCCCCCCCUCUCUCUCUAACUCUCUGAGCCUGAAUCCUUUCUAAUGUGGUGCCUGUGCGACAGCUAAAAGUGCCUGGAAUGCAAUUAACGUCUCCCAAUAAAAAGUUCCUAAAAUAGAUACAGAGCCUCAUUAGUGUUGUCUCACAACAUAGCAGAGCACAGCCUUGCCAGGUGCAGGGUAUAGCUCCGACCCAACAUUGUCAGCUCCAGAGGCAAUUAGCUGAGCAAUUUGUUAGGUUCAGUGGCAGGCAGAACAGUGUUAUCAGUGGUAAAGUGUAACGCCACAGGGGGAAAGAGUGUGUCUUAGUGAGGAGGGAUAAUUCCCUUGUUGGUUAAUUGGCGGGUUUAUUUUUAAGGUGGAUGUCAGACUGAGCCUCGGGGUAGAGUUACCCGUGGUCAUCAGUGUGAGAGAGUUAUGAGACUUUCACUCUCCAUCUAACAUUGAUACCAUUGAAUGACCCAUGCUCCCCGAAGAGCAAAAGGGUUUAAGUCAAGUCCAACAUUGAUAGAUAUUUUGCUUUGUAGCUUUCUCCUUGUGUCAUGGUGUAUUUUCACUCUCUGACUAAGUGACAGGUGUUUCACUCUCUGACUAAGUGACAGGUGUUUCACUCUGACUAACUGACAGGUGUUUCACUCUGACUAACUGACAGGUGUUUCACUUUGACUAACUGACAGGUGUUUCACUCUGACUAACUGACAGGUGUUUCACUCUCACUAAGUGACAGGUGUUUCACUCUGACUAACUGACAGGUGUUUCACUCUGACUAACUGACAGGUGUUUCACUCUGACUAACUGACAGGUGUUUCACUCUGACUAACUGACAGGUGUUUCACUCUGACUAACUGACAGGUGUUUCACUCUGACUAACUGACAGGUGUUUCACUCUGACUAACUGACAGGUGUUUCACUCUGACUAACUGACAGGUGUUUCACUCUCUGACUAACUGACAGUCAUUUCACUCUCUGACUAACUGACAGUCAUUUCACUCUCUGACUAACUGACAGGUGUUUCACUCUCUGACUAACUGACAGGUGUUUUACUCUGACUAACUGACAGGUGUUUCACUCUGACUAACUGACAGGUGUUUCACUCUGACUAACUGACAGGUGUUUCACUCUCUGACUAACUGACAGGUGUUUCACUCUGACUAACUGACAGGUGUUUCACUCUAUGACUAACUGACAGUCAUUUCACUCUCUGACUAACUGACAGUCAUUUCACUCUCUGACUAACUGACAGGUGUUUCACUCUCUGACUAACUGACAGGUGUUUCACUCUGACUAACUGACAGGUGUUUCACUCUCUGACUAACUGACAGGUGUUUCACUCUGACUAACUGACAGGUGUUUCACUCUCUGACUAACUGACAGGUGUUUCACUCUGACUAACUGACAGGUGUUUCACUCUCUGACUAACUGACAGGUGUUUCACUCUGACUAACUGACAGUCAUUUCACUCUCUGACUAACUGACAGGUGUUUUGAAGGACAAGCUACUAUUUGAGGACAAGAUAUUAUCAACAUAUGAAAUAGCUCAUUGCACAACAGCUAGUCUUAGUCAUUGAAGCAUGCUCCAUGUGUCAUUCAAGUAUUCUCUCACAGUCUCACUAUGUAACUGGGUAUGUUCCCAUAGUCCCAGGGCUGGAUGAACGAGAUGUUUGAGUACAACCCAGAGACCUACCACCUGUCCCUUACCCACUCUGUGUUCGCCACCCUGGAGGGGCACUGCCUCCGCCUGGACUACCCCAGGAACAACAUCAGCCGUAGGGCCACCUACGACGAAAAGCCCCCCGAGGCUGUGGUUGUCAGCUCACGCUGCUUCCAGCUACAACACGGCAAGGUCUGUCUGCUUGGUCUGUCAACUUACCUUCACUGUUCAAAGCUUACCGUUUCAUUUGAGGAAAUAAUUAAAACAUUGAGAUGGUAUGAAUGCAUGAAUAAUAAUAAGCACAUGUGUUAAUGCUGUGUUAUAAAAUAAAUAGAGCUUGCACACUCAUAAGCCCCACCACGUACAUUUAUUAAUAAACAAACAACAUUUAGAUCCUGCAAUGACCUGACGGAGAUCCUUGCAGGAUGGAAACGUUGUUUGUUUGUGAAUAAAGGUGCGUGGUGGAGCAUGUGGAGUGUGCCGGCUCUAUUUCUUUUAAACCUACUUGUUUCGGCCUUGAACUACAUGACGUGCAUUUGAUCACACUUGUCUCAAUGUUGUGUUAUAACAGGUUUAUAAUACGUUUUGUUGUCAUACCAGGUGUUCCUGCUGCCCUCUGCACUAGCCCGUAAGAGGCUGUGGAACCUGAAGUACCCUAUCUGCAUCGAGCUGGUAGUGGGAGAGGGGGUCAUGGAGGAGGAGAAGGGUAAAGUGGAGACCCCAGGAGAGGAGCAGGGGGGAGACCGCCAAACAUGUCCCACCGCCACCCCCAAACCAGCAGACAACCUCCCUACAACCCUAUACCUCUUCGGACGGACAGGAAGAGAGAAGGAGGAGUGGUUUCAUCACUUCCUGUCCGCGUCCAUGGUAAUGGAGAAGGAGAAGGAUCAGGAAAGGCCUGGCAGAUGUGUGUCCAGAUCAGGUAGGAGAAGCAUUGUUUUUCUUUGUUUUUGUUGUUUGGUCUUUGUGUUUGGUUUGGUUGUCUUUUUUCAUCUUUUAACUGACUUCGCGCUAGUCUUUUAUUUGUGAUUGUUGCAUAAUGAUAAAUCUCAACACAGUGCACAUAUUGGCCAUGACAAUAUAAUGCACUAGCAAUACACAUGGAAAGGGAAGGAGAAAUCAAGCAAAUGUUACUCUAGUGGAACUCCGCGUAAUAAAGCAUUUAUAAUGGAUUAGUAAAUCAUUUAUUCAUCAUUUAUUAUUAAUCAUUACUCCAAUCAUAAGAUGUUUAACAUAGGUCCAUAUAAAUGAUUUACUAAUCAUUAGUUAUAGUCUUUUUGUGUGGCCUCAUCUAGUGUGAGCUAUUUGUACUUUAUAAAUACUUUAUAAAUGUUUUGAGUGACCAGUGUAAUUUCUCACAAAAAGAUGGACAUGCCAUUGGUAGACAUUCCAGCAGUACCUGAUGCUCCCUACGGUCUCAAAAUGGCCGCUAGAACAUUUUUGAUGUCAUAACACAUGGACUCCAGUGUAUUAUUGAUUUUAUACAGUGGGUUACCAGCAUUAAAAAGCAAUAUUCUAAGAUUCUAAGAUUCCAAACCAUGAUGCUGCAUUCACUAACACUGGUUGUCAAGUGCAAUUUUAAGCGUUCUCUGGUCGUUAGUUCUAUUCACAUUGACAGCCUUGUAAAGCAAAACUACCCAAGCGCUGGUUGAUAGUUCCAGAACUAUUGCUAAUAGAAAUGGUUGCUAUGGAGGAUCUUCCCCCCUUGCUUGCUAGCCAACUACACAGCUAAAACAAUCACUCCAGACUGAAGCCUUUUUUUUUUUUUUUACCAGUUUUUCUAUUUACAUUUCUUUGUAUGUAUCCAUAAAAAUUAUGCUGAUUCAUGAUUUCGACUGGCUGAGAAAAGCUGCCUGUCUGUCUAGUCCCGACUCCCAACAUGUUCAUUAUUAUGGGACACAGUGGAGAUUGAAUUUCGAUAUUGCAACAAUGUUGAAAAUGUUGGAGAUAAUAAUGUCUAGAUGCUUUUUACAGUGGAUAUCAAGUUUAUAAAUUGCAUGGCUGGGCAGAUGAGACACGGUCAUCACUAGUUACCACAGCCACAAGGUCCUAAACCCUGCCUAUUUCUACAAUUUAUCUUCUUAAAAUGUGAUUUUAAACCUAACCCUAACCCUAACUUUCAACACGGCAACCAAAAUGCUGCAUCUGCAGUAACCGAGUAUUCCAGCCACUCUCUUCCUAUGAACCAGUUGCUAUUAAAUGAACGUCUUUAGACAGAAAACCUGCGGUUAGGGUAGGAUUCUAGGCUAACCUGGGCUGGCACCUCUGUUCCAAGAUCGUCAGGAACAGUCGGCUUUCUGAUAUCCAUGGUGGCAGUGGCAGAUUAAUUAGCUGGUUAGAGCUAAAUAGGCUAAUAACACCAAUACCUUUGCCUCACGCCUUUGCCUCAGGUAGCCUACCAUGUUAUUCAGGUAGCCUACCACGUUAUUCAGGUAGCCUACCACGUUAUUCAGGUAGCUACCAUGUUAUUCAGGUAGCCUACCACGUUAUUCAGGUAUCUACCAUGUUAUUCAGGUAGCCUACCACGUUAUUCAGGUAGCUACCAUGUUAUUCAGGUAGAUACCAUGUUUUUCAGGUAGCUACCAUGUUAUUCAGGUAGCCUACCACGUGAUUCAGGUAGAUACCAUGUUAUUCAGGUAGCCUACCAUGAUAUUCAGGUAGCUACCACGUUAUUCAUGUAGCUACCACGUUAUUCAGGUAGCCUACCACGUUAUUCAGGUAGCCUACCACGUGAUUCAGGUAGCCUACCACAGAUCAGCAUGUGUUUCCCCCCGCUUUCCAUGGUUCUGAUACAGUGCAGCAGAAAUACAGAAAUCACGCCAACCUGUCUUAUAUUUGAAAUGUUUUGCUAUUUUUAUAUAGGGACAUAAAACUUGAGGUGGCUAAGCCCCCUUUUGACCCCUCAUGGAACCAGGCCCGCAAGCAGAGCUGUUUUAUACAGACAGAAAUUUCAUUUGGGGCAUAGGCACAUACAGACACAGCUUGGCUACAUUGUAACCACGAAGCGGCCAUGGUGCACUCGCAUAUGGGGCUCAGCCAGGACUGUUAGUUUAGUAACUGAAUUAAAAGAUUUUAACAGAAAAAUGCAGAAUGGUGUUACAUGCCUGUAAACAGCUUGGGGAGGAAAUUAUUUAACAGAUUUAAUCAUGUAAUAUUAGGCCUACUGAUUAUUUUCUCACUAUCUACUAACGAGCUACUCAUUGACAGCCCACGAGCUACCGGACAUGCCGUUUUCUGCUAAGGUGCAACCUUUGGUAGGCUGAUGAAAGCAGUGGCGUGUAUUUAUGGAUGCCAAGGGAAGCCAGCCUUCCCCCCCAAAAAUACCAAGAAAAAAAAAAAAAAAAAUGUAUAUUUUGUCUCUGUGUUUCCUUCAAUUCGCAAGAGGCUGAAUGUAUCUCACCAGAGAAUGCAUCCGAGGGAGUGAAACAGCGCCCCUCUGUCUCUGUAUGUGUAUUCCAUCUAUCUGAUGCUGUCUGGUCAAAAAGAGUAUGACAUUGUUGCCGCUCGUAGCAUUGAAUGCAAGGGAAGCCAGUGAGCAUUAUAACGGCAAUGCUGAUCCAACCAUUAAUUCAUACAUUGUGCCUCUGGCCUGAGAGGAUGGAAGUGCAAUAUGUAGCUAGAUGUAGUAGGCUAAUGUUAACUAGCUGGCUAAUUGUUGCCCAUGAAAGGAAGUUAGUCUAAGGAGCUAGCAUUUUAGCCAUGUAGCCUAGACCGUUUCAGCAACAUGAAAGAGAGGAGGAUGGCAUUGGUGUUUCUCUACAAGUAGGGUGAGUCAACAUGCUUACUCUACUAACACACACACACACACACACACACACACACACACACAGAAAUCAGUACCUUGGACAGACACAUGAUAUUUAGCUUACGUUGAUUAGAAUAAAUCAUUUUUUGAAUAUUUUAGUUGUCACUGUAUUAGACUAAGCAUAGGUGAUUUGAUGAUGUUGAAAAGUUGAAUGGUGCUGGAAUAGAGGAGGCAGCUCCUGUUUUCUUUGCAACUUGUGGUAACGCUCUGUGGUUCUAAAUCAAUAGUUGUUUAGUGGUCCGAUAAUGUCGGUAACAUUAACUUGAUUGGCCAUGCUGUAGGUCAUGUAACUGUUUGUUACAUGGAAUAUGCUUUGUGGACUCCACCAGACAGAUGUUGCUCUCUGGUUUUUUAUUCUGCCACUGUGUCUUCUUAUUGUCUCGGCCUUUAGGUCUAUAUAUCAUGGUGGCAAAGGCAUAUGAACUAACAGGUUAUAGAGCAAACAACGCAAUUAUCACAACACAUAGGUUGUAAUAAUAUGGUCAUAUUAUGGCUUUAUAUAUAUAUAUAUAUAUAUAAUUUUACAUAUAUUAUUAUUAUAUUAUUUUAUAUAUAUUAUUAUUAUAUAUAUUAUAAAUAUUAUGGCUUCCCCAGUGUUUUUCCCCACGCACCGCUACUGGAUGGAAGGCUACUCAAGAGUCUGCGCUACAGUGAGGCCUAAUCACACAUGCCCGUGCUCAUCAUGGUUCUGACAGGCAAAGGGAAAUCACACAUGCCUGUGCUCAUCAUGGUUCUGACAGGCAAAGGGAAAUCACACAUGCCCGUGCUCAUCAUGGUUCUGACAGGCAAAGGGAAAUCACACAUGCCCGUGCUCAUCAUGGUUCUGACAGGCAAAGGGAAAUCACACAUGCCCGUGCUCAUCAUGGUUCUGACAGGCAAAGGGAAAUCACACAUGCCCGUGCUCAUCAUGGUUCUGACAGGCAAAGGGAAAUCACACAUGCCCGUGCUCAUCAUGGUUCUGACAGGCAAAGGGAAAUCACACAUGCCCGUGCUCAUCAUGGUUCUGACAGGCAAAGGGAAAUCACACAUGCCCGUGCUCAUCAUGGUUCUGACAGGCAAAGUGAAAUGAUACAAUGAAUUUGCUCGUAGUGCACACAGCUCAAAUGAUAUGUAACGACACCAUUGGACAUGAAAAGAUGAUACAAAUGUAACAACAGCAAAACAAAAUAUAUGCAUCAGUGGUGCAACUAGGGCUUUCUAACUGCACGGAGCCAAAACAAAACUUUAGAGUGGUCAAAACCAUUCAUCUUGAGGCAUGGGGGUGCAAAAUGCUAUCUGUUAAUUAUUAUGUCAGAAAUAAAAUGGACAUAUCUAUUUUAAUACAGACUAGCUCAAAACAUUACUAUCAUUGAAAAUAACAAAUUACCCAAUGGAUCAUGAUAAUUUUCUUAUAAAAAAGUGGGGGUGCAAAAACAUACAUUUACGCCCCUAUGUUGAAAGUGGGGGUGCAGCUGCUCCGUUCCCUCCAUGGUUCAGGCAGCUAUUCCCCAGGGUAGUUCCUUGUGUUCAGGUUCAUUUCUAGAUUACAGAUGCGUGAACGUUCAGGAGAAUGUAGUACUGUCGUGGUGCUCUCAAAGCACUUAACCACAAAUGUUUCUGCCCUCGCUCUGGUCUGUCCUGGUAGUGUAAACUGAACAGUGUUGCCCUCCAUCUUUAUUCCUAGACAGUCCACUAAGGCCCCUGAAGCAUAAUUCAUCGCUGACAAUAUUACACGUUUCCUUACAGAUGCACUCUCAUGUAACACUUUUUUAAAAAUGACCACAACAACAUCAAGUCUGUGAACCAACAACUGUUAUCUCUGUAUUUAGAUGUGCCGAUGGUGGAAGAGGUGAGCCCUUCAAGACGGUCCCAGGGCAGCAGAGGCUCCAGCAGGAUGGGGAGCACUGAAGAGGACCUCCCCUCUCCCCCUUCUACCCCCUCCAUCCAACCAUCCAGGGUGGGCUCUCCGCUGCUGGACUACCCCACCUACAUGACUCGUUUCCUGGCCUCAGAGCAGCCCAGACUAUCCCUCAACAGCACAGAGACAAGCCCCACCAACAAAGUGAGGGUGAGUUCCUGUGGCCACCUGAAUUAAACAUCUAGAAACAGAUAAAUUAUAUAAUUAAAUAGUGUGUUAAUCUGUAGUGGUGUAUCUAUUUCCCUACAGUGCACCUGUGAUUUCCCAGAGUUCCCGGGGGAGGGCCAGACUGACUGGGUCAAUGCCCUGAUUGGUCGAAUCUUCUUGGACUUCCUGCGUGAGAAAUACUGGGCGGACGUUGUCUCCAGAAAGAUCCAGAAAAAGCUAGGCAGAAUCAGAGUGAGUAUGUGAGCUCUCACAGUGGAAAAUCCUCUGUUCAGGAGCAAGGGGAGCUUGUAUAAUAUUUCUAUUUGGUCAUUUGCUAGUAAUAUAUAGCCUAGAAAACCACAACACCCACUGGAAACAAGCAAAACAGAAGAGCGUGUUUCUUUGUUUGUGUGUGUCUCUGUGCAGCUGCCUUACUUCAUGAAUGAGCUGACUCUGACUGAACUUGACAUGGGCUCCUGUCUGCCCCAAAUCACCAGCGCAUCCAGGCCUGUGGUCAACAGCAGAGGUGAGUGUCAACUAGAGAGCGCACGCUUCCUUUUUCUACACUCCCUGAAGUUUCUGCGAUAAAGGGCCAUGAGCUUUUCCAGACCACGUGACCUGACCAAGGAGAAACUCUGGGGCCAGUAACUCAACCCACAAUACAGUAAAUUAAACUCUACUCAGAGUACCAAUUAGUGAAAGACAAUGACAUCGUGUCAUCCUCAGUCUAAUCUGGAUUCUGGAGGGGUAUUUAGGAGCAGAUGAAAUGGAUUUGCCCUGAUUAUGAAGGUCUGCGAAUUACUGUAAAUUACGACAGAUUAUAAUUCCCCAAAGGAAUGUU